CCCCCCCCCCCACAGGUGCAGAACUCCCUCCCGCGCUGGAUGAGGAACCGAGGCCGCGAGGACAGCCAGAACCGCCGCGUGAGCCCUCUGGCGGUGGACGAGGGAAUCGAGGCCAUUUCGGGGAUCAUCGGCGAUGGUAUUGACGAUGGGCUCAAGAACUUCUCGACGUGGAAUCAACAAGACGGUGAAAGUGACUUACAGAUGUUGCCAUGGUUACGCCAAGACGCCAAGUGGAUGCUCAAGAGUGCAACUCCGAGAGCUCCCAGAGACAUUGCAGAACAUCGGUGCAACAGAUUUCUUGUCUCUCACCAAGUCUGUCAACAUGGAGGAGGUUCUGCGAGAAAAUAUCACGCUGUUUGUCCCUUCUAACGAGGCUAUGCAGGAAUUCACUGUCGAUCUGGAGGCCGAGAACGAGUUCGACAACGGCCUCGACGAUAACCGCACCUACAACGAGGUGGUCUACCGCCGCCGCCGCCGCUCCCUCGACGCGCAGGAGCUGGUUCUCGCGCACGCCGCCAGGGGCCUCCACUACAGCGGCGACCUGCACGACGAGCAGGUUCUCAACAGCAUGGCCAAAGGCUCCACCCUCAGAGUCAACACCUACAGCACCCUUCCACCUUCAGCCACCAUUAACUGCGCCCGGAUCGUCGGUGUUAACCAGCAUUCGGCCAACGGGGUCGUCCACACCAUCGACAAAGUACUACGACCUGUUACCAGAACUUUGGCCGAACUCGUUGAGUCGAGGUCAGAGUUCUCCAUCCUGAGGCAGCUUCUAACCAGAGCCGACAUGAUGAAGACCCUCCAGGAACCCGGUCAGCUGACUCUCUUCGCCCCCACUGACGACGCCUUCAGGAGUGUGUCGCCCUUGGUGUUGGAAGGUCUUCUGGAGGGCAACGCCUGUCUCGAUGCUGUCAUCAAGAGCCACAUUCUCCCCAACGUCAUCUGCUCAGCUGCCGUUCAGGGGAAAGCUCGAACGGUUAAUCUUCUCGACAGCUAUUUGAUGCUGGAGAAAACGGGAGAUAAUGAGAUCUUCGUCGGGGAUGCUGAGGUGCUGGAGAAAGACGUGAUGGGAACCAACGGUGUUCUGCAUGUUAUCAGCGGGCCCUUGAUGCCCCAGGAAGCCAAGCCUCUGCUCGAAGUCCUCGCAUCCCAGAAUCUCACCCGCUUCAUGGACCUCUUGGAAGCAGCUGACAUGCUUGACGAACUGAAGGACCUCACUGAUGUCACUGUCUUCGCCCCAACAACAGGGCUGUGGACGAGAUCCCCGAGGAAGUUCUGGAGAAUAUUAUUAAUGACCCAGUCGACUCCGCGAGAUUCUGGAUACCACAUGGCAACACCAACACUGAAAGCUGGUGAUAUUUCCAACAAUCACAUUGCCAACACUCGUGCUGAUCAUCCCCUAAGGAUCAACCUCUACUCGCGGUCCCCCCUUCUCUCCGGCCUCAUCAGCAUGGGCAGGCGCCACCCCAACAUGCGCAUGACCGCUGGCUGUAGUCACGUGUCAGCGCUGGACUCUCGUGCAUGCGGUGCUGUUGUUCAUGUGAUUGAGAAGAUGCUGGUCGUGCCGAAGAUUAACGUCAUGGAUCUUCUCGAAAUGAAUGAGGAUUUCUCCAUUUUCACCAAGAUGCUGAAGGAUACUGGACUUAACGAGACCUUAGUUGAAGAUGGACCUUUCACCGUCUUGGCUCCAUCGGAUCACGUUUUCAGAAUUCUGCCUCAAGAUGAACUGAACCAGCUGCUGGAAGAUCAGGAGCUUCAGCAACAGCUUGUGACGCAACAUAUUAUGGAAGAGCACCUGUGUUGCACGGGCAUCAACCCCAACACCUGGCUCUUCAUGGACCACAAGAGGACACUGAACGGCUCCCCCAUCCAUGUCCGCCGCACCAACUCCGGCAGACUCAUGGCCGGCCCUGCGCGCAUCACCCACUGCUCCUCACCCACACGCAACGGCCUGGUCCACACUGUCAGCCACCUGUUGAUGAACAUCCACCGUCACAGAGUGGAUGACGGCGAGGACUGCGACAAGAGGCAUUCCUUCUCCUCUCCCGGUCUUGAACUCCUGUUUGGAUUUUAAGAGAAAGGACUUCCAUUUAUUCCCGUUUAUCUAAUUUUCCUUAGCCCCCCCCCUGUGAGAUGUUGUCUCUCCAUUUUCGUUAAAACGUGUUAGGAACAUGUCGCCACGGCUCCUCUUUGGUGAAGGACCCACUGUGUAACCUCUCGACGUUCAUAUCAUGUUCUGGUCCCGUUCACCUUGUUAUUUGGUUUAGUGACAGGACUUUUUUUUAAGCCGGAAAGGAGAGGAAGGUAAAGGAAGAAGUUAUGCCAAUAGUUCUGGAUUUUUUUUUCUUCAUGAAUUGGGGUCUCGAGUAGAUUUCAUUAAAGCUAUGAAACAUUAUUUUUUUUUUCUGAAGAGAAUAUAAAACUAUGGCCUCUACCACGGAGGAAGAUAAGUAUCAAUUCAUACUGUCGCCUUCCACAGACACAUCUAUUUUGUCAUUGGUAAUAGAAUUUUUACUUCUGAUCAUCUCAUCCAAAAAACAAAACAAAGAGAAUAGUAUUUAUUUAGAAACCCUGAUCUUCAUUUUUUUUUUUCUCACAAAACAGAAAUACACAAAAGACUUAGUGAUGAGUAUGAUUUCGAAUUUCUAAGACAGUGACAAGAAAACACAUAAACAGAAAAAAAAAUGCAGGACCCCAAAAUAAAGAGAAGGCUAAAGGCUUAAUAACUUGUUUUGUUAAAGAGGCAACGCUAAAACAUUAAACAGUUAAGGGAUAGUUAGUUGUAUGUUUUAGUAGUAAAGUGAGAUGAUAUUAACUCUUAUUUAUUUCUUAACAUCUGCUUAAUAUUUUGCAGUAAGCUGAAAAAUCAAAAUAUCUUUUUAAGAUAUAUAUAUAUUUUUACCACAGGAUUCUUUCCAAUAUGUACCACGUAUAAGACUGAUUGGUAUUAUAUAAAAUAAAAUCUGGAGGAUAA